UUGAGUGCUUUCUAGGCCCAUAUCAGGCCUAAUUGAUUAAACCUUCGGUACCAAUAAUGGGCCAAGCACCUCGGAGUGAAAGAGAAUUCGACGAGGACUCAAAUGAGACGACGACUCUGGUUGACCUGUGCAGUGGGAAGCUUGAGCCUCCCUAGAUUACACUCGAGCUCGAUCCUUCGAUCAACUUCGGCGUCGACGGGAGCUAGUCUGAUCUCCGCCACUUCCACCGUCAAAAAUUUCCACGCCGCCGCGUCACGGUUUCGGAGCGAACUGAUUACUGCUUCUUCGUCUGUUCUCUCUUCCCGAGUGGUAACUGUCUCAUCAAUGGCUUCUGGAGACGAAGGAGCUGUUUUCAAUUUGUCUGAUUCUAGUCUUCUCAAAAUCCUUAAAGGCGACAUCACCAAGUGGUCCGUCGAUUCAUCUUCCGAUGCUAUUGUCAAUCCAGCAAAUGAGCGAAUGUUAGGUGGUGGUGGUGCAGAUGGAGCAAUACAUAGAGCUGCUGGGCCACAACUCAGAGCAGCAUGCUAUGAGGUCCCUGAAGCUCGUCCCGGAGUCCGUUGUCCGACCGGUGAAGCAAGAAUUACGCCGGGUUUUAACUUGCCUGCAUCCCGUGUGAUUCACACUGUUGGACCCAUCUAUGACUCAGAUGUUAAUCCUAAAGAAUCCCUCACAAAUUCUUACAGAAAUAGCCUCAGAGUGGCAAAGGAGAACAACAUCAAGUACAUUGCGUUUCCUGCCAUAUCUUGUGGGGUUUACGGAUAUCCUUUUGAUGAAGCGGCUGUGAUCGGUAUAUCAACCAUCAAAGAGUUUGCUAAUGACUUUAAAGAGGUGCACUUUGUUUUGUUCGCGGAUGAUAUUCAUAGCGUGUGGGUAAACAAAGCAAAGGAGGUACUCCAAAAAGCGUAAGACUCCCUCUGCAGCCUAAAUUGAGCACAUUGCGACAGUUAAUGAAUAAUGCUAAAUAUAAUUAUGUCGUACUUAAAAUAACAGUUGCUUCUUCCUCGAUCUGUUUGGUGAGAUGCAAGUUCUUGUUGUAAAAAAAUAAUAAUAAUAGGAGUCACCGACUCAAUUAUCUUCUUAUGAAUAGAAUGCCAAACUCAGCUAUGAAGCAUCACU